GCCGGCUUGUGCGCCCGGGAACUCGGCCUGCACAGCGGCGCCAGCAGAGAGCCAGGCCCAGAGCGCCGGAGCUGGCCUUCCGGAGAGGGGCGGGAGGCACGCGCGGGAUUGCCCGCGGGGCCAGGGCCCCGGGCGCUCCCAGAGGCCGGCCGCGCUCCCAGCCUGCCCAAAGCCCAUGCCUGGCGGCUCACCCGUACUGCAGCUGGAGGUGGGGCCCGGCUCUGCAUGGCCCCGGCUGCUGACAUGACUUCUUUGCCACUCGGUGUCAAAGUGGAGGACUCCGCCUUCGGCAAGCCAGCGGGCGGCGGCGGGGGCCAGGCCCCCAGCACCACCACGGCCACGGCGGCCGCCAUGGGCGCAGAUGAGGAGGGGGCCAAACCCAAAGUGUCCCCGUCACUCUUGCCCUUCAGCGUGGAGGCGCUCAUGGCCGACCACAGGAAGCCUGGGGCCAAGGAGAGCGCCCUGGCAGCCUCCGAGGGAGCACAGGCAGCGGGCGGCUCCGCGCAGCCCCUGGGCGCCCGGCCGGGGUCGCUGGGCGCCCCGGACGCGCCGUCCUCGCCGCGGCCGCUCGGCCAUUUCUCAGUGGGAGGACUCCUCAAGCUGCCAGAAGAUGCGCUCGUCAAAACCGAGAGCCCCGAAAAGUCCGAGAGGACCCCGUGGAUGCAGAACCCCCGUUUCUCCCCGCCCCCGGCCAGGCGGCUGAGCCCCCCGGCCUGCACCCUGCGCAAGCACAAGACCAACCGCAAGCCUCGGACGCCCUUCACGACCGCGCAACUGCUGGCACUGGAGCGCAAGUUCCGCCAGAAGCAGUACUUGUCCAUCGCCGAGCGCGCCGAGUUCUCCAGUUCGCUCAGCCUCACCGAGACCCAAGUGAAGAUCUGGUUCCAGAACCGCCGCGCCAAGGCCAAGAGACUGCAGGAGGCAGAGCUGGAGAAGCUGAAGAUGGCCGCCAAGCCCAUGCUGCCACCCGCUGCCUUUGGCCUCUCCUUCCCGCUCGGCGGCCCCGCGGCCGUAGCGGCUGCAGCGGGCGCCUCGCUCUAUGGUGCCUCUGGCCCCUUCCAGCGUGCAGCGCUGCCGGUGGCGCCCGUGGGACUCUACACGGCCCACGUAGGCUACAGCAUGUACCACCUGACAUAGAAGGUCCCAGGGUCGCCUACCUGUAGCGCCAGCUGAUUCCUCCAGCCUGGUCUUCUGCAAGCAGCAGCAGGGGCCGUCCCCAGCGAGCUCCCCUGUGCAGCACCGCCUGGCUUCUUUCCUUUAGCCCCCACACUGCUCGGUUUCUCCUGGGUUGCUCCCUGAGUUCAUGCUCUGAAGUCUGAUUCCCUCCCAAAAAGUGACUGGAAGGGUCCCGUAUGCUUUUCUAGAACCUAGAUCCUACCCCCUCCUCUCACAGAUGGGGAAACUGAGGCCAGAGAGGUUAAGAACUGUAUCCACUGUCUCCAGCAGAGUUAGUGGUUGGACGAGGCCUGGAGGCCGCAUCUCCUGCAUCGCCGCCUCCUGUCCUGACACCAGGAGGGAAAAGCACAGAGAAAUUCAUGUUUGAAGAUUCUGGAAAGGAGAACAGUC